UUUGCUUUUGCGAAAGCUUGACGUGAUCAAAGCAGAGGCGUCGACGCAGGUCUCGUGCAUCCCUUCCAACAGAAUCUCGCAGUCAUUCUUUUCCAGAGCCUAGAAUCGCCGCUGGUUUUUUUCUUCUUCUUUUCGCAAGAGCGUUGCGCUUUAGCAUCUUGUCUGCCCCUGUCCUUAAUCGCCGCAUCCCUCUCUUUGUCUCUCCCGCCAUCUACUCGAAAGUGGGCGUCGCCCCCUGGUUUCUAUUCAAGCCCGGCCUUUUGUUUGCUCUCCAGCCACGAUGCAUCCGCCUCGGCCAUCAGCGCUGCUGCUGUCGUUUCUGCUGGCGCCCUUGAAUGCGGCGGCCAUGCUGAGCUGCAACAAGAUUCGAGUGGAUGAGCACAACUUUGAUCUGUCGCCGCUUGGGGGCCCGCAUUCGGUGGUGACGUCGCGGUUCGAGGCUAGCACGAAUGCUCACUACAACACCACCUGGACCGUGGACAUUUGCCAGCCGCUGAAGAAGAGCGGAAAGGCGAAGACGAAAGACGAGUGCCCCAAUGGAACAAGAGUCUGUGCCAUUUCCCAUUUUCUAAAGGGCGAUCAAGACGCCGUCACACAAGUGGUCGCCAUCGCAGGAGGACUCGAAAACGCCGGCGGAUCACAGUUCGAAUACGAGGCGACGAGGCUCAAGAGCAGCGACUCAAACUCCGAUGCCCAGAAGGAAGGCCUCCGACUUGUUCUCAAAGGCGGCAAACACCCUCUCACCGGCCCAGUCUCGGAGCGACGAACCCAAAAGGCCGUCAUUGAGUUUAUUUGCGAUCCUGACAAGACGGGCACCGAGGGCGAGUGGACAUCUGAAGAUGAAUACGAAAAGGCCCCCAAGACAAAGCGACGAGCAGCGGAUGACAAAGACGACAAAAAGGACAAGGACGAGAAAGACGGAGAUAACAAAGACGGAGACAACAAAGACGACGAUGGAAAGGGCGACUCGGCGACUGAGCAUCAGCUGAAGAACGACAAUGCUGCCCUCAUUUGGGAGGACUAUGCCAAGGAGAAGGAUUUCGACGUCCUCCGACUUACCUGGCACACCAAGUAUGCGUGCGAGAAGCGUGAUGGAGGCAAGGGCGGAGACAAGGAUGACGACCGCGAGCCCGGCGACUCCAGUGCCAGCUGGGGCUUCUUCACCUGGUUUGUUAUUAUCGUUUUCCUUGGCAUCGCGGCAUACCUCAUUUUCGGCUCUUGGCUCAAUUACAACCGCUACGGCGCUCGGGGCUGGGACUUGCUCCCUCACGGCGAUACCCUCCGCGACAUUCCCUACCUCCUCAAGGACUGGACACGCCGGGUGUUGAACACUGUCCAGGGCGCUGGCAGUCGAGGAGGAUAUAGCGCCGUCUAGUGAACGAGGACAUGUGCAUAUAAUUUCUCCAUGACAGUGCUCGACGAAUGGAUGGAGAAAUAGGCAGGUUAUCAAAUUCGAUGGUUGCGAACAAAGAAAGGAUUAUACAAUGCGCAAUGUUUUGGGGCUCUUGGUAGUAUUUUUUUUUUUUCACCCUAUGGUUUACCCUCCCCUGAUCCUCUCUUGUCAUGAUUUUAUUUUUUUGGCAAGGCGGCGUUCUGGUUGCAUACUAAGACCCGUUUGCGUUUUGUUUUGGGCGGACUUGGUAGAGGUUGUAUUAUUUUUUGUUGGGUUCUACUAUUGAUAAUAUCAUGAAAAUAUGGUUAUCGUCUCCUUUGCUUUCCAACCAGCCGUAGGUGAUGCCAUGGAUGUGGUUCUACUAUGGAUUGUAUAUUGAUGCUGGAUUGUGGUAAUGUCUGCAGGCCUCCGGUACAUAGACCAGCGGUGACUGCGCAGGAAGCUAGACUCACAAUGUCUCCAUAUUCCGGCUCAUUGCCCCAUUUUAAAGAAUGCAGAGCAAUGACUCCAUCGUUAUCAGCGCCUGCAGAAAAAGAGAAGAGCUGCAGCAAAUGACUCAGAUAUUGCAUGGGAGAAAAAUGCCAAGUGCCGUCAUCACAAAUAACUUUUUUUUUGUAAGAGGCCGCGGCGGGAGCAGCGAUAGCGGAGCUUUUAUCGAUAACAAUUUGAAGGGCGCGCGAUUGAAAUUAUAUCGCUCCCCGCCAUAAAGCUUGGCUCGCCCUCUUCUUAUCCAUUCCCAGUCACUUUCUCUGUUAGAAAAUUGAUUGGCAAUUUUGUUUGUUGUUUAUUUCGGAUCCAAUGGCUUUUAGGGUAUUGGCUGGGCGCCAGACGGCCGCUUUGGCUGCCAGCGCGAGGGGUUCUGGAGGACGGUUCUUUUCGGCGACGAGGGCGGUUGCGAGCUUGUCUGAUAGUGUGAAGCAGGCUAUCAAGCGAGACGCAGCUCUUUCGAAUCCCGACCCUGCACCCGAUUCUCCGAGCGCGGCCCUCGUCAACGACUAUGCGCCCUACAUGGUCGCCACGUACGCCCGUCCGCCGCCGGUAUUCGUCCAGGGCGAGGGCUCAUGGCUCUGGGACAUUGAGAACCGCAAGUAUCUCGACUUCACGGCGGGCAUUGCCGUCACGGGGCUGGGCCACAGCGACCCCGAGAUCACGGACAUUAUUGCGCAGCAGGCCGGCACGCUGAUCCACGCUUCGAACCUGUACUACAAUCCCUGGACGGGCGCGCUGUCGAAGCUGCUUGUUGAGAAGACGCUCGAGGCGGGGUGCAUGCACGAGGCGGCGCGCGUGUUUAUCUGCAACUCGGGCACGGAGGCGAAUGAGGCUGCCAUCAAGUUUGCGCGCAAGGCGGGCAAGGUUGUCGAUCCGUCGGGGGACAAGGUGGAGAUUGUUUCGUUCAAGCAUGGGUUCCACGGACGAACCAUGGGGGCGCUGUCGGCGACGCAUAAUCCAAAGUACCAGAAGCCGUUUGCGCCAAUGGUGCCGGGCUUCAAGGAGGGGGUUUACAACGACGUUGCGGGCAUCAACCAGCUUGUCAAUGAGAAGACGUGCGGCGUCAUUGUUGAGCCGAUCCAGGGCGAGGGCGGCAUCUUUGCCGGCAGCGAGGAAUUCAUGGUUGCGCUCGCCAGGCGAUGCCGCGAGGUGGGCGCCGUCUUGAUAUACGACGAGAUCCAGUCCGGCAUGUCGCGCACCGGCAAGCUCUGGGCCCACGGACAUCUUCCCAAGGAGGCGCACCCGGACAUCUUGACCAUGGCCAAGGCCCUCGGCAACGGGUUCCCCAUUGGCGCGGUCUUGGUGACGGAGGCCGUGAGCGAGAAGAUCCAGCUUGGCGAUCACGGCACCACGUUUGGCGGCAACCCGCUUGCGUGCCGCCUGGCGCACCACGUGCUGACCAAGAUUUCUGCGCCGGAGCUGCUCGAGGGCGUGCAGGCCAAAUCAAACGUCUUUCUGGACCGCUUCGCCAAGCUGCAGGCCAAGUUCCCAGAGUUGAUUACUGAAGCUCGUGGGCGCGGUCUUAUUCUCGGCCUGCAGCUCACCGAGGACCCGAGUGCGAUUGUCAAGGCUGCGAGGGAGAGGGGCCUGCUGGUGAUUACGGCGGGGACGAAUACGCUGCGGUUCUUGCCGAGCUUGGUGAUGACGGAGGAGGAGAUUAAUCAUGGGUUGGAUAUUUUGGAGGAGGCGAUUGGAGCUACGAGGGCGUAAGGGGAGAUGCUCCCUCCCCCUUUUUUUUUGUUUUUCUGUAUUGUAUAAAAUGUUUGGCGGCUUAGAAUUAUGGUUUAGUUUGAUAGGAGAUGGGAUCCUACAGUGUAUAAAAAGUACUUUAUUUUCACAGAAACAUGUAAAGAGGCAUGAUUACUUAUUUACUAUUCCAGGGCAUAUCAUACAAGUAAAUGAGAAUGUGCUUUUGUUAUAUGCGGUAUCCAUUGAACUUGUUUACUUUUUUUUUUUUUUUUGAAUCUUAUUUUCCCAGUAUACACUUUUUAGCAAAUGGCAUGUGUCUUGCCAUGCUUGCCCUGCAACGAGUGGGACUCGCCCUAGAGAUGAUGCUGUCAGCUUCAAGAUAUCUAGACAAGGAGAUUAUAUCGAGAUGAGAAUUCUUUCCAACUUACCUGGUAGUGCUUCGUGGCAUGGUGUUUAGCCUGCUGCUUGCUCUUGCCGUGCGACGCGACGUGGUCACGGAUAAAGGCCUCCUGUCUCUUAAUCGUCUCCUCAUCCGCAUUCUCCAGCAUUCCCAAGCACAGUCUGAUGUCGUGAAUAAGCAUGUCGCAUCUGCUCUUGGAAAAGUCCUCGCGCACAACCACACGCAGCAUCUUGAGGCCCUCGGUAUGCGGCGCCAUCGUGUACGCGGGCACGACCCAGCCCCUGGAGCGCAGGUGGUGCGCCAGCGCAAACUCGUCGUAGUGGCGGUCCUUUCCGCCCUCGGCGGCGCUCUUGAAGCGAAAGGCCACGAGGGGCAGGCCCUGACCGCCGCGCUCGGACAUGAUGACGAAGCCGUCGUGCUCGAGGACUUCGGUGAGGUAGUCGGCAGUGCGGGUGAGGUUGCUCAUGAUGGACUCGUAGCCCCUCUUGCCGAGGCGGAUGAACUGGUAGUAUUGGCCGAUGACCUGGGAGGCGCCCUUGGAGAAGUUGAGCGUGAAGGAGGACUGCUCGGCCCCGAGGUAGUUGAUGUUGAAGAUGAGGUCCUGGGGGAGGUAUUCGUGCGAGCGCCAGACGACCCAGCCGACGCCGGGGUAGACGAGGCCGU